AUGAUGCUAUCGACACUGCAUUCUGGCAGGGUUCACCCGGACGAGUUGCGCACGUCUUUCGCGCUGGCCAUGUCGCACAUGUAUAAAAACGAAGUGCCCCUAUACGGCAAUCUGGUGCACAUUGUGCAGUCUGAAAACAACGAAAUCCUUAUGAGCAACAGUAAUACUAUGCCUCCUGAUAGCCGCGAGCGCCUCACCCUCGAGCGCCACGGUGCGAUCCGGCUGGGCAAGGCCGAGGAGCUGUACACAGUUCGACGCAUCUUCGCCCUGCUGGGUAUGCAGCCUGUUGGAUACUACGAUCUUUCGGUAGCAGGUCUGCCUGUGCAUGCCACCUGCUUUCGCUCCAUUGACACCAAAUCGCUGGCCGUGAACCCGUUCCGCGUCUUCACCACACUGCUGCGGCCGGAGCUGAUACGCUCCCCGGCAGCCCACGACCUGGCUCUCCAGCUUCUCCAGCGCCGGAAUAUCUUCAGCCAAGAGCUGCUGAGAAUGCUGGACGUUGCAGAGGCCGUAGGUGGACAAUUGAGGGUCGAACAGGCCGAGAUCUUUAUCUGUGAGGCUUUACGCACCUUCAGUUGGGCCCCACUGGCCGAGGCCUCCCAGACUGAGUACCAGUUGCUGCAGGCAGAGAAUCCCAUUCUGGCCGACAUCGCCAGCUUCCGCACAGCUCACAUCAAUCACCUGACACCUCGCGCACUGGACAUUGACGCAGCCAGGGCUGCCAUGGCAGCCGAAGGUAUGCCUGUGAAAGAUCUAAUCGAGGGCCCUCCUAGGCGGAAAUGGCCUAUCCUGUUGCGUCAGACGAGCUUUCUCGCCCUGGAAGAGAAGAUACAGUUCAAAUCAAGAGACACGCCACCACCUUUUGGUGAAGAGAAUGCAAAGAAAAAUGUCGGCAACCUAGUGGAUGGCUCCCACAAGGCCCGUUUCGGCGAGAUCGAGGAACGCGGGGCUGCCGUGACCCCUGCAGGGCGGGCUCUCUACGAUAAAUUGUUGGAGAGCAGUAUGCACGAAGCGGGAUGCCAGAGGACAUCUCCCGAGGCUGUUGACGACACGUUUCGAGCGUACCCCGACACGUGGGAUGAGCUACGUAAGCAAGAGCUCGUAUAUGUCAAGUAUAGCUUUACCGGAAAAUUGCCCUCGUCAGCGCUACUGGCCUCGGAGCUCGGUAAACCCGUCGUAAGUCCAUCUAUCAUCGAGAGUCUAAUUGAGGAUGGCUAUCUCGGGACUUCGCCCAUCACAUAUGAGGAUUUCCUACCUUUUUCAGCGGCGGGUAUUUUCCAAUCCAAUUUAAGCCGAAACUCUAAACCGCUCCAAGUAGGUGAGUCGCAACAGGCUGCUCGGCAGGCUGACAUGGUGGGCUUGGAACAUGCCUUGGGGUGCUCUGUUAUAGACCCGGAUGUUCUGUAUGCUCGAGCGCAGGAAGAGAGCUUGGAAUCGAGUUUGUUGAAUUUGAAAUCUCUCCUCAUUAGAUAG